AUGAACAACGAUCAUUAUAACCGUUACCUUUCAUCGCUUCAUCAUCAUGGAAGCGAGUUAUCUUUUCCCCAGUUCAUCCCUGAGAUUGGGUUCGAGCAUGAAGAGUUAGCUUUCAAUUCGUACUAUACUUCAGUGCACAGUGCGACGAACAAUAACAAUCCAGGCUUUUACAGAGCUCAUGACAACGGUAAUAGCAACAACAAUAAUGAAGAAUACCCAUUCGUUAAUGGCGGCAUCAGUGGAGUCUACAGCGCGCCCGGUUCCUUUGGUAAUCGCAACGUGCUCCCCAAUUGCGAUGCAUCCACGGAUUUGGUUGAAACUACUCUUCCUGCUGCUUCUGCUUGGCCACACUAUCCGGAAAUCAAUUAUUCUCAUUAUUCACAUUUUCCGAACGUUAACUUCUGGUCUCAGUUAUACUUUCAGCAGAACAAUAAUCAUUCAGAGCCCAACGUGCACGAUUACCGGAAUCUACCGCCACCUCCCGAUCCAACUUUGUACGAUAGCAACGGGUCUGCGUAUGAAUUAGAUAUUGAGCGUUCUUCAGUAAACUCUCCAACUGUAAACCAGCAUCUACCUGCGCCCCAUUCUUCUGCAUACCCAAACGAUUUGUAUGUCGUGCCACAAAGUCAUCAGCACUCGUUUGUCCCUGUGCCAAACGAGAGUCAACAACAUCAGCUUCCGAUUAGACCGAUUCCCCAGCAGGCCAGCAGAGUGAAUCCUAUUCUCAAUCCUACUCAUAACCCAACGCAUACGUGUCCUGCAUGCGAUCGUUGUUGCGUUUCAGCCGGUGGACUUAAACGGCACUUGAGAUUCUGUGAAACAGCACGAGCCAAAACGGAUAAAUCCCUUUCAGUCAAUGAAGCUGUAGAGACCGAUGCCACAACUUUUGCCACUUGCUGUUUGGAUGCCCAACCUAUAAACCUGUCGUCUUACGAUAAUGUAAAAGCUGUUAUACAGCAACCGGUGACCGUCGAGACGACGAUUUCGCACGAACCAAUGAAUUUCAGCAUGAAUAAUUCAUUUGCUGAAACUACAUCAGUAUCUGAAGAAAACAACAACGUUAUUCAAAGUCACCUACUGAAAAUCGUCUUCCUAGUGGCCGACGACGCAAAUGCCCUCAAUGCUCCACUUGUUCUUCCUAGUGAAAGAGCCCUGGUCGGCCAUCUCCUUACCCACGAUAUUAGGAAGCCAUAUGAGUGCAGGACUUGUGGAAGCCGUUUUAGUCGCAAGUUUCACAUGACUCGUCACAUUAAGCAGAGAGGCUGUGACGGAUCUCCUCGAAAUCAGUUCGAGUGCGAGUAUUGUGGUAAGCAUUUUACUCGAAAGGACAAUAUGCGAGAACAUGUUAAAAGUCACAUAGGCAUAGCAAGACAAAGAGUUAAAUUGCCUUGCCCUGUCCCAACGUGUAAGAAAGAGUUCACAGGAAAAACACAGUUGCAGGUCCAUGUCAACUUUCACACAGGCUCCCGUCCAUAUGUUUGCACCCGAGAUGACUGCGAUAAAACUUUUCGUUCUAACGCUGCCUUAAAGAAACACAUACGUAUUCACAAUUACGAAAAGCCAUUUCAAUGCCCGCAGUGCGAUGCCCGUUUCGGAGCAAAGGAUAUACUUGCUCGCCACAUGAGUAGCCACGAUUUGCAGAGGCCUAUUAAGUCCUAUAUUUGCAGUCGCUGCGGUAUGGCUUUCAUUCAACAAACCCAUUUGAAUGAUCACCAAAUUAAAGAACAUCAAUCAAGUGAAACAUUUGCAUGCACGGUGUGUGAUCGAAUUUACAAGCGGCGCUGGCGACUUCAAAAGCAUUACAAGCAAAAGCAUUCAACGAACUCAAAAUCAAAUGAAGACGCGAAUGGGCAACUUGUGGAUCUACCCUUAUCAAAUGCAGAAGAAAAGAAAAUCAGUUAUCCUUAUGCCUGUGACAGGUGUCCUAAGAAAUUUGAAAAGAAUCAGUCGUUGAAAGCUCAUUAUAUGACGCACUUCAAUGAAGCUCCCAUCGAGUGUACUCAUUGUUCUCGUACUUAUAUUAGGCGAGACUGUCUGUUGCGUCACCUGCGUGCUAAACACCGCAUGCCUCCCGAUCAAGCAUUAGAGGCUUUAAAACAGAUGAGCCAAGAUAAAAAAAAAAUCGCAGAUGGCAGGCCGCUCACAGAACAGGCAGCUGAGGUUGCCGAUGUUGCUUUGAUUGACUUGACCACUGACAUUAGCAGUUGCAGCACUCAGACAGCCAGCGAACCACAGGACGCAACGUUUGCAAUGGUUGAGGAACUAAUCGAUGUCAGCAUUUUAGAAGGCAACAUAAUUGAGCUGCUAAGUCUAUUGGUAGAUCCCGAAGCGAUGCGUAGCUUUGGUUGGCCAAAUUACAGCGUGGACAUGGUCCUUCAGUCUGUAUUAGUUAAGUGUGGCAAGGAACCCUUCUCGCAACCUCAUCUGAGUCUUGCUCAGCGUUUGCAGGCGAAUACAAAAAAACUAUUCUCUUUCAUCGUCGAUGACCAGAACGCACUGGAAAAUUUGUUCUCACGCCGCCCAGUUGAGCAGGUACUUCAGCAAGUUAUCGAAUUAGCUAAAUCUGGAAAAAACAGUGAUAAUGUCGUACAAUUUCCUCUUUAAAAUUUACCUUUAUCUCAACCUGUUUCAGUCAAACUAUUGUUUCUUUUCAGUCAAGACCGAGUUGGUCUCUUUUCGUUUUGCAUUCGUUUUUUUCACUAGUGAUUUUCAAUCGUUAUUGCUUAUUUUUUCACAUUAAGAUGAAUUGUUCAGUUUUUCGUUCUACUAAUUUCUAACCCCAUAACCUUCGCAAUCAAUACAUUUAACAAGCUAUGCCAGUUUUUCACCAA